UUCUAAAUUAAGCGAACUGGCAUUGUUGUUACCAAGGAAGUUCCUUCUACUUCACCAUUAUGACGUAACAUAUCGACGCUCAGGCUCAUACUUUACAGAUAGACUUCAUAUCACGCAGCUUUGCAGCGCAUACGGCUGUGUUCAUGUCAACCAGAAAUUAUACUGAAUUAUACCAGAAAUUAUAAUCAUCUCUAUGAUUAAUUAAUUAUGCCGAAAAGGCCAUUGUCGGAGCCAAUACCUUCAUCACAAGGUAAGAGCCAGGUGGGAAGAAGCCGCCGGGUUGCUAGCACCAGCACCUGCAGCAGGAGGGAUGUCCUUCCUUUCAGCUCAGGCUUCUCCAGGGAGCCCACUACUGCACCCUCCACCACUCCGUCCACCCAGCAUGGGCACAACAGGCCGGAGAGUGACCGCAGACAGCAGCCAACCCAGGGCCCAGCUUCACCUGCGGCAGCUGCAGCCCCCACUGGCAAAAGCAGGAGAAAGAGGGUCUACAGCGACAUGGGGAAGAAAAUUACUCAGACGUCCUCGGGUACCACAAACGUGGGCAACAUGGCCUCAGGUGUGGGUAGCUCCGAGCGUCCUUCCAAGCUGAGUGGUCACAGCAAAGUGCCCAAGUGUCCAAGAGCAGGAGAUGUUGGUGGUUCCUGGGCGGGGCCAUCUUCCACUGACCAGAAAUCCACAUCAAGGACAGCAUCACUGCAAAUAUGCCAGGUCAACGGUUCGGACAAGGCAGAGGCCAACAAGAAACCUCAAGCCGCACAAAAGAGGAAGAUGGGUUCCUCGGACAAGGGGACAUCUAACCAGAACACCAGCACGGCAAACCCAUCAAUUAUGAAAAAGAGACGUUCUGAGCCUUCCACGGAAAAGACGCCAAGAGAGCCCUCUGACCCAACCCUCCCUCAAGCGACCUUUGAAUCACGCUACACAGUUGGAGAAAUGCUUGGUAAAGGAGGGUAUGGAUGUGUUUAUGCAGGAACCAGAAAGUCUGAUGGAUUACCAGUUGCCAUUAAGGUGGUCGCCAGGGCCCGUGCACUUAAAUAUAUUACCAUGCCCGCCGACGGCGUGAGCCUCCCUCUGGAGGUGGCCCUCAUGAGAAUAGUGUCGGAGCCCCCCGAGUGUCCCAACAUCGUCAAGCUCCUGGAGUGGUUUGAGGGCCCCAUCGUCUUCAUUUUUGUCCUGGAGCGCCCCGUGCCCUGCAUGGAUUUAUUGAACUACUGCCGGAGACUCCCAAGCCGCCUCAGUGAGAACCAAGCGAAGCACAUCAUGCGUCAGGUGGUCCUUGCUGCAAAACACUGCCGAGACCGUGGCGUUCUACAUCGUGACAUUAAGCCAGAGAACCUCUUGGUGAACACUGACGAUGUGACUAUCAAACUUAUUGACUUUGGCUGUGGAGACCUCUUGAAAGAGAGCCCCUAUGACACAUUUGCUGGCACAAAUGCAUUUAUCCCACCAGAGUGGUGGUUACAGAAAAGCUACCAGGGCCGCCCUGCCACCGUUUGGUCCCUGGGUGUGCUGCUCUAUAACCUCCUCUGUGGCAAGCUGCCAUUUGCGGGCGAGGGCGAGGUUGUCUCUGGACACCUGCAGUUCAGCAGGGGACUAUCCUGUGAAUGCCGCAAUCUCAUUCACUGGUGUUUGAGGAAAGACCCAACCAAACGGCCAGUCCUGGAGGAAAUCCUCCAGCACAAGUGGUUCUCCACAGAGUAGGGUUAGGUUACAGCAAGGAGAGAGAGGAGGAAACUGUAAGACUGAUCGACAGUGAAUAUCAGUGUUACACACAUCACAGAUGAAAAGCUUUGUUAUUUUAUUUUCACCAGCUGUGUGUAUAUGAAUGUGUUAUCUAAUAUCUUUUCCAUCAGGAAACAUCAGGAACUGACAUUGGGGUCUAUUAGGUCCACAAGUGCACAGGGGCAUCUAGUCUCAGAAGGGUUGGUUGAUUGAGAUUGUGAGGUGUCUCACUGAGCUCUCCUAACCCUGCUGGGUUUAUAAUCCACCAUGAAGAAGUCCCCCUGUAGAUGGAGCAGGCAGCAUCUACCAUCCCAUAUCUGGCCUGCUCCGGAGAACACCCCCUAUGGAUGACCAGGUUCAGCCGGGCUGGUUGAAUGUCACUCUCCCAGCCUGGCUGGCUGUUGGCUGCACACCCAGCCAGUAUGUGUACAAGUACCACGGACUGGGCCUGUUGUGGGAAGCACUUUUCAUUUCAGUAAAAAGACUGCUCCAGAAAGACAUUCAUCUGAGUCUGCUGUUUCCUGCCUCCAUCUCCACUGUACCAGCUAUCUCAUUUUAGCAAUGAAAUAAUUUUCAUGAAAUUAUGAAAUGUCAAUAAAAAAACAAAUGAGCAUACAAUUGAAUG